UUGUUGUAGCUAAUACUUGUAUAUCUACACUGACAGGUUUCUGUGCUUCAUUUUCCCAGGAAUUAUCUUAAUGUAAUCACAUAUCAUUCUCAUAUAAAAUUAUUUGCAAUUUGAAGUAUUUUAUGCAUCCAUUGGAAUAGUUAAUUCUUUUUGUAUACUGAGGAGAAUAUUUUGAGUCCAUUAGACAAGCUAAGAUAAAGAUGCUAUAUUUUUUGAAGUACUUGUGAGGAUUUUAGCUUUGUUCAUUAUUAUUGGUAAGAAGAACCUGUGUCAUCAUGGAUAUGUCUGGGGACAGUUUCUUCAACCCCAGCAGUCUUCUAUGGCCAAGUCCCAGAGAUGAUGAGGUAGCUAAACUCCGCCGAUUGUUCUUUGAGCUUGUUCAGCAAAUUAAAGAAAUGGGACCAGAUCAAGGCCUGAGCCACCUUCUACGGCGCAGAAUUGAGAGCUUCUCCAAGCAAAGCAGGCAGGAAUUUGUAAAUUGGAAAUCGUCUGGCUGCACCCCUCUGUUCCUGGCGUGCCAGCGCGGUCUUGCUGAGGUGGUUGAGUACCUCUGCUCUACAUGCGGUGCAGAUAUCGAGCUCAAAGGCAUCUACGAAGUUCCUGAAGACCGUUCUAAUCAUUUUGUGACGCCGUUAUGGUGUGCAGCCGUCGCGGGACAGUUGGAAGUAGUCAAAAUGCUCAUUUCUAAAGGUGCCUAUAUCAAUAGCGAAUCUGAUACCGGGUCAACUUCAGUGCGCAGCGCUUGUUACAUGAGCCACAUUUCAGUGGUCAAGUUCCUCGUGGAAUCGGGAGCGGACGUUCAAAAAUCGAAUUUCAAUGGAGGAACUUGCCUCAUCAACUCUGUGCAGAAUGUAGAGUUGUGCAAAAUUCUACUCGACCAUGGAGCGAACAUCAACGCCAAAGAUAUUAAGAGCAAGACAGCUCUACAUUACGCUAUAGAAGAGCACAGGCUCGAAACAGUGAAGCUCCUCAUCAAACGCGGUGCUGACCCGUUCAUCAAGAGCUGCUUCAACGACGACGCCGUGCAAAUUGCCUGCAUUAAAGGAGCUCUCCCAAUUUUUAUGUACUUGAUUACCGAGCUUGAAUUGCCCAUAGAACGAAUAGCCGACUGCCACGAAGUCCUGGGGUCGACUUAUCUCGACGAGCGAAAUAACGUUCAAGAAGCCAUCAAUCACUGGCGUAUAUCAGCUCAGAUCAGAGAGGAGGCUGGUAUUGCAAAGAAGAUUAGCCCGCCUCAUAUGGACUUCAAUUACGUCGCAGAGUUCGUGUCGCAGGCCGAUCUUGAUAGCAUAAUUCUGGACCAAGACUCGCUAAGGAUGCAAAGUCUUUUAAUUUGCUUGCGGGUGUUGGGCGGCGCUCACAAAGACACGAUAUACCGACUCAUGAUACGCGGAGCUGCAUAUGCUGAUACAUUGCAAUAUCAACGCUGCAUCCAGCUGUGGUUGCAUGCUCUCAAUAUCAGAAUUAUCAAUGACACAAUGCUCAAUACAGAAGUGAACUUGAGCUCAAACGCUCUCAUGAAGCUCAUGCUUGAUAUCAUUGAAGCUUACCCUCCUGCGGAAGUCAAGAGGGUGAUCGUGUUCGAAGAUGUCUUCCGUGCACUCACCUUGAUAGGUGAUCAGUUCGAGCAAUGCACGGAGUUACUCUCGAUAAAGCCUGAAUUCCGACGUCAGCAGUGCGAUUUUGACCAGUCACUCACUCUUUUCAUUUAUUUGAUUUUCGUUAAUUUACUCAUUGAGCCCAACAAAGAUCAGAUGCAGAAGCUUGUCCAUUACAUUACCAAAAUAGUUCGCUUGAACCCUGUCACGACAGACAACCAGUUCAGCUUACUUCAUCUGAGCGCGACGAACGGCAAACUUACGUUCAUGUCUGGCAGUGCGCCCAAUCAGUUCACGAGCUCGCACUUCCCUGAUCCUGCGGUGACAUCACUCCUGCUCGACUGUGACGCUAACGUCAACGCCAGGUCUCGAGAUGGCUGCUCGCCGCUCUUCUUAGCUUCUCACGAGAGGCACUACAAGAAAGAGAUCUUCAAGAUAUUGCUAGAGCGUGGCGCCCACUUGGACCAGGCCAACUUUUGGGGCGACCACGCAGGCGUUGUGCUCCGCGGUAACCGCGCAUGGCUGAUCGACCCUCUGGCGCUACCCGUCCCGCCCCUCAAGUGCCUCGCCGCCAGGACGAUGCGGCGUCACCGCGUCCCUGUGCUGCCAGGCGACCUUCCGUCCUCGCUUGCCGCCUUCCUCGCCAUCCACUAAACACGGCCUUCUCGUUUGUUUUCUCCACGAACAAUAAUCGUUUUCUUUUUAGCGCAUUUUCUCAUUUAUGGAAAAAAGGAGCUAUUGUGC